AUGGACGAUUCUCCUCGUCACUGGUCAGAAUUACCAGCAUAUUUGUCCAUCUCUAUUUCGUCUACCAGCAUGUCAGAAGAGAACUCAGAAGAAGCGACUGUACUGGCCAAGAUGGACAAGACCUUUCCAGAGCUACAACUCGCUACGACAAGUCAGUCACGAACUGACGUUGAGUCAUGUCGAGUUGGUCAUGUCAGUGAGGCUACUCGCCAUAUCAGUAUGCUUGAAACGGCUUCUGUAGGCUGGAGCAUCUGCAACAGCUGGGUAGGUGUCAUGUCCACACUAGCCUUCGUGAUCAUUCAAGGGGGCUCGCCAAACCUCCUCUAUGGACUAUGGCUUGUUUUCAUCAUGUAUGGGUUCAUUGUCUACACUCUCGCAGAACUAGCGAGUUUACAUCCUUCAGCUGGUGGCCAGUAUCAUUGGACAGCUAUCGUGGCUCCAAAGUUGUGGGCUCGAGGUCUGAGCUACACGUGCGGAAUGAUCAACAUCUUCUCAUGGAUUUCCAUUUCUGCCGGCGUAGCUGUCAUUGCGCCCCAAGCUUUAAUGGCGCUGGUCAUUCACCAUGACCCCUCGUUCUCCCUCAAGGCAUGGCAUGUAUUUCUGAUUUACCAAGCCGUGAACCUUUUGUGUCUUCUUCACAACAUUUAUACGAUACGCCGUACUAUGUGGACAUUCAAUUGUUUCUUUGCUCUGUCUCUCGUCGCAUUUCUUGCUGCCACGAUCAUCUCGCUAGUCCGCGCACCUACACAUCAGUCGACUGAGUCGGUCUGGGUCACUUUUCUUGAUGGCAGUGGAUGGAGCAAUCGUGGGGUCAUAUUCUUCAUUGGUCUUCUUACGCCAGGCUACAUGUAUGGAGGUCUCGAUGGAGCUAUACACCUGGCUGAAGAAGCCACGAAUGCCAGGGAAGCUGUCCCGAGGGCUUUACUGAGCACAUGGUCGCUUGGCUUCUUGACGUCUUUCGUCAUCUCGGUUGCAGCCAUGUACUCUGCACAAGAUUUUACCGCAAUUGCGUCAACACCAACAGGAUUCCCUGUUCUCGAAUUGUGGAGUCAAGCCAUGCGAUCAAAGGUUGCAGCAGACGCAUUCGUGGCCUUCUUCUUCGUCGGAGCGUUGAUGGCUCUGGCCGGUUGCCAGCAAACUGCCUCAAGACUUACUUGGGCCUUCGCCCGCGACACGGGCUUGAUCUUUUCUUCCAAGUUGUCCACUAUGAAUGCUCGCCAUGAAGCCCCCAUCUGGGCACUUUGGGCAAACGGUUUUGUCGUUUUUAUCAUAGGUUGCGUCUACCUGGGCUCCUCGACUGCAUUCAAUGCGUUCAUCGGCGUUGGUUCCAUCUUGCAACUUGUCACAUUCGCCUUUCCUGCUGCCUUGCUGCUUGCUAGAGGGAGGCCUGCUCGACUGCUACCCCACUCACUCACCUUCGGGUUGCCGCAUGCUUUCGGAUGGAUCGCCAACUUGUUCACUGUCGGCUUCGCCCUGAUCUGUCUGAUCUUUUGGGAUCUUCCAGCUGUGUUACCUGUGACGGGCUCGAAUAUGAAUUACUCUUCUGCUGUGAUAGGUGUGAUUGGUAUAUUUAUUGCUCUCAACUGGUUCUUCUGGGCUAGAAUACACUACAAAGGUCCAGAAUUAGGUGUGUUCGGAGAGAUGUGA